AUGCUUGCUUGGAUCAAGCGUCGGAGACCAAAGAGGAAGGCGAAGAAAGAUGACGUUCACAAGAAUGAGGAUUCAUUAAGGGAGGACGACCACAACUUUGAGAUUCAGGGCAGAGAGUCAUCCACUGAUGCUACCUUUAGUGCUUCCCCCCCUUGCAAUGCUUCUCCGCAGAGCUCGCCGAGGAAAGUCUCGUCUCAAGACAAGCACCGAAGAUCACUUGAGCUGACUGGCGGGGACUUUGAUACCCUCCUUGUUCGGUCCCGUGGCUGGGUCUAUGAUCCUGCUGAUAGCGAGACAAAACCACACCAUGAACGACAACAUAACAGAGCCAUGGUCGGAAAGGAAUAUGACAAGUACAUCUUUGCUCCCCCGGAGCCAAUUGACGGCAGUUGUUGA